AUGCGAUCCAAGUUCAAGGACGAGCAUCCUUUUGAGAAGCGCAAGGCCGAGGCCGAGCGUAUCCGCCAGAAAUAUGCCGACCGCAUUCCCGUCAUCUGCGAAAAGGUGGAAAAGUCCGACAUUGCCACUAUCGACAAGAAGAAGUACCUCGUGCCGGCAGACCUCACAGUAGGACAGUUCGUCUACGUGAUCCGCAAGCGCAUCAAGCUCUCCCCCGAGAAGGCCAUCUUUAUUUUCGUCGACGAGGUCCUGCCUCCCACUGCUGCGCUUAUGAGCAGUAUCUACGAAGAGCACAAGGACGAAGAUGGCUUCUUGUACAUCACGUACUCGGGAGAGAACACCUUCGGUGACCUGUAA